AUGACCGUCCUCACCUCUUCAUCACCUCUACCCAUCUCUCUCAAUCGUUCCACAGCCACACCCACUCCACUCAACUGCAAAUCACAACCCACCAUCAUUUCCGUUACUUACCAAAGUCAACGUCUUCGAAGUCAUCGCCGUCCGAUCACCGUUGCUUCUCAGCUCUGCGCCAAUGAAACCAUAAAAAUGGAUAAGUCAACGUUGAGUGUUGCAGAAGCGACGUCUGAGGAUGAGCUCCGGGCUGCUGCGUGUCUACGUGUUCGAACUUUCUAUGACUUCCGGGAAAGUUUCGGUAUCGAAGAUCAUAAAAGGUACUUGGCCGAGCGUGAGUUUGAAGCACUAAAGGAACGUGUUGCAGGGAUGAGAGUGGGCUUUAGGAGAGUUUGUUGCAUCAAUGCUACAUUGCCAUUGUCACAAAUUUCGAGCAUUUCUGAUGAUUUAUGCACUACAUGCAAGUUUUCAGAUGAUGGAGAAGACCACGUAGUCAUUGGGACCCUGGAUCUUAAUCAGUGUCUUAGGCUUCCAGAUGAAAUAACAGGCAUGAAGCCAAAGGGCAUUGGAGCUGAUUUUGCAAGGGCAUACCUAAGCAAUGUAUGUGUUGCGAAGGAACUGCACAGGAAUGGCUUGGGUCAUGCGCUCAUUGCAAAGUCUAAGAUGGUAGCUGAAGAUUGGGGAGUAAGCGACUUGUAUGUCCACGUUGCUGUUGAUAAUGAACCAGCGAAGAAUUUGUACAUAAAAGUGGUUUGUUUUUUGAGAAUGAUGAACCUGCAUGGCAGGCCAGGUUUCUAG